ACCAAACGAACUAAGUGCAGGAGCGCGCUCACUCGGAGAACCCCCCGCUAAAUUCUUGAAACCCUAAACCCAAGCGCACCGAUCUCCCCUCAUCGCGCUGCCAUCGAGACGAUCCAAGCUCAAUUUCGAAGGAGAAGGGAGCCGUGAGUUUCUAUUAAAAAAAUGCAGUCCGUACAUUGUAGCUGGGCUGGGAGAACAUUUGGUAUAGCUAGAUGCAGUAGCAGUGAUUCUGGCGACAAGAAGCCACGGAGUAGACGAACAAAAGAGGAGAGGAAAACGAUGGUUGAGUCCUUUGUAAAGAAGUACCAAAGUUUGAACAAUGGAAAAUUCCCAUCACUUAAUCUAACACACAAGGAAGUUGGUGGAUCCUUUUAUAUUGUACGGGAAAUUGUGAGAGAGAUCAUUCAGGAGAACAGAGUUCUAUGUCCCGGAAACUCAACUUCCAAAGCACUAAAUCUUGAAUAUGGCCCCGAAGAAAUGACAGGAGACUCUUUUGCCAUGGACACAUCCGCACCAUUGUCUAUAUCAACUAUCAAUCUUGCAGUCAACCAAGAACAAGGAGAGAGUUUUUCUUUGUCUAAUGAUGAGAAAAGGACGAGUUCAGAAAUUAUCGAAAUAGAGAAGUCUGUCAACCAAGAAUAUAUGGAAACUGAUCCAAAUAUUACUUUUGUAUCACAAGUUCUGGAUGGUGAACAAGACCAUGUGAUUUCUACUGGUUAUCCAAAUGAGAAGUUGGAGAAUGCGAGUAAUGUGGUAUCCAACAUUGGUGAACUAUCAGGGGUAAGAGAUGAAAAGUUGGGAGUUUAUGAAAAAACACACGCUGAAGUUUCAGUUUUCAGUCCAGAAAAUUCCAGUAAGUUUGAGAAACUGGUUCCCUCGUAUGAAACUGUGUCUACGACUCCUCUCCAGUCUGAAUCUGACCUGGAUGGUGAAGAAUACCAUGAAAAUUUUAAUGGUACAUAUAUCAAUGAGAAGCUGGAGAAUUUAAGUUAUGAGGAACCCAACCUUAGCAGACUAUCUGGGGUGAUGUAUGAGAAGUUAGGAGUUUCUGAACAAACACGUGGAGAAGUUCAAGUUCACAGCUCAGAAAAUUCUGGAAAGGUUGAGAGUCUAGCCGGUUCUGUGACUUCUCCACUAAUCCAAUAUAGCAGUGAUAGCGAACAAUACCAUGGGAUUUCCAAUGGUUCUCUUUUAAAUGGAAUGUUGGAGAGUUGUAAGGAUGACAACCUUGGCAAACGAUCAGGGUCAGAAAAUGAUAAUGUAGAGGUUUCUGAACAAACACAUGCUGAAGUUCAAGUUCACAGUCCAGAAAUUUCUGAAAAGGUGGCAUCUAUGACUCAUCCCAUGUUUGAUUCCAAAAUUGGUAUGACAGGAUCAAUUGAUUCUCCAUCACCAAGCAGUUCUCUUCCACUGUCAGAUAACUUCUUCAGAACCAGUAUUUGUCCAGAUCCACUAACAGCUUGUGCUUCUCUUAGUGGUGGAGAAGAUCGUCCACUAUCAUCAGCUGAUGCCGUGACUAGCAAUCCAGGUAAAUCUCAGAAUUCAAUAGGCAUGACAACUUCCCUUGAGGUACCAAAAACGUCUGAUUCUGAUGAAGUGAGUGUAGCAUUCAUGCCAUUUGAAAAAGGUUCUGUCAUAAACAAGUCAGAAACAACAGAAACGCUAUCAUCCAUUGUCGCUGAUGAAAUAUCAGAUGCAAACCCCUGUAGACAACUUUCAUUUGAAAAAGAUACUGUAGCAGGCAUGCCAGAAAUGACAGGAACACUAAUGUCUGCUGAUAUUGAUGAAGUAUCAACCAAAAUGAAUGGAUCCAUACAACAGAACUUAGAGUCCCCUGCAUUGGGAGGUAGGGGACUUUUGGUAAACUCCUUGCUUCCGUCUAAUGAUUUCAAGAAUGCUCUCACCAACACUGAAAGUGCAUCCGGUGAGCCAAUUCAGCCUAGCGUCAAAAGUAUAAGAUGCUCUGAAGUAAAGCCUGAGCAUGAGCGAGAUCUGAGCAACAUUGGAAGUGCUAAAAACUCUGGGAGCAUCGCACAGAAUGAUGGCAGCGAGAAGCCUGAGACAGCAGACACAAGCUCCAUUUGGGCAGCAAUUAAAUCUUUGCUUAAUGCUGUUGCUAAAUUUUGGACGGAAUAAAGUCUUGAGGCAAUAACAUUUAGGAACCUGUCGAGCCAAAAUGAUUGAUGUGAUCAAAAUUGAUCAUGGUCCAGGUCGAUUGGCAAGUUGAGUUUCUCGUGCAAUUGAAGCACUACUUUUUCCCCUUUUUUAUGUCUGAUCUUUUGUGUAAAUCAGUGUGAGCUGUGUUUGCUGAGGAUUUGAAAUUGAUAUUUGGGUAUUGAUCAUGCUGGAGGUGCAUGCAUUAGUGUUGUGAAGAUGCUAAAAGGUUUCUUAUUUGAGCUAUAUAGUAAAACUAGCGUAUCUUGGUGA